AUGGCUCCCAAAGUCGCUAUCGUCUUUUACUCUAUGUACGGCCACAUCUUGAAGCUGGCCGAAGCCGAGAAGAAGGGUAUUGAGUCUGCUGGUGGCCAGGCCGACAUCUACCAGAUCGCUGAGACCCUUCCCGAGGAUGUCCUCGCCAAGAUGCACGCUCCUCCCAAGUCGUCCUACCCCAUCGCUGAGGCGGACACUCUGAAGGACUACGACGCCGUUCUUUUGGGUAUCCCCACCCGCUACGGUAACUUCCCUGCUCAGUGGAAGGCCUUCUGGGACAGAACCGGUGGCAUCUGGGCCACUGGUGGUUACUGGGGCAAGUACGCCGGUCUUUUCGUUUCCACCGGUACCCUCGGUGGUGGCCAGGAGUCGACCGCCAUUGCCGCCAUGAGCACCCUCGCCCACCACGGCUUCAUCUACGUCCCUCUCGGCUACAAGACCGUCUUCCCUCAGCUCGCUAACCUGGAGGAGAUCCACGGUGGUAGCGCCUGGGGUGCUGGUACUUUCGCUGGUGCCGACGGCUCCCGCCAGCCCACUGAGCUUGAGCUCUCGAUCGCCGAGGCCCAGGUGAAGCCUCAGUCGCAGCCUGCGGCGGCAGCACAGCAAGCCAAGACUGAGACAACUCCCACGCCUGCUCAGAGUGGACAGGGCAAUGGACAAGGCACACAAGGGGCGAAGAAGGAGAAGAGCAAUGAGGGACCUUGUGGUCUUCCCAAGUGCACUGUCUCUUAG